AUUGUGCACCCUUGAGACGGGUUGAGUGUGGGUUUCUUCAGGGGAUGGUUUACUAGAGCAGUUUCUUGUGAAAAAGAGGUCACCAGCUUUGUCAGUCGGAGGGGAAGGACUGAAUCAGAGAGCAAAGGAAGAAAGUCAAAUCAGGUCAGAUUACUUCCCUGUCUGGAUGUUGAAGUCACCAAGAAGGAUAAGGGGAGGGCCUUAUUUUUCUGGGAUUUUGUGGGAUCGUCUAAUUCCUCUAAGAAAUAUCCAAAGGACCAGGUGGAGGGUAGAGAACAACAAUGGUUAAUUGUACCAGUUGAGUUACUGUUGCAGCACGAUAUUUAUCGGACUUCCUGUUUUAUUUUGAAAAUGUUUUGAGACUGAUCUCACCAGUAUUGACUUUGGAGUUUUCUGAAGGGAGGAGUUCUGAUCGCUCUCUGGUUUCUGAUUUACACCUGCACCACCAGUCUUCUACUUAAUUGUGUCAAAGCAGCAGUUGAUUCUAAACAAAAUAAUUGGGUGGCUUAUUGAUGACAGUCCCAGAACCUGAGGGAAAAAUAAAAAACACACUGACGCCAGAAAAAUAAACACUAAUCAUAAUAUAAUGAUCAAUAUACCUCUAAUGAGUUACACAUACUCAGACUGGGUAAAACCAACAGUGGACAAUUUAUGGAGCUGGGUUCGGAUUCCCCAUGGGCAGAUGUUAAAGUCACAUAGAGGAGCAAUACAAUACUGAUUUAAUGGUUAUGUAAUCGACGAACACCUUGCACUGAAUGUUGAAAUUUGUAAGAUAGACGCUUACAUUCCUUAACAAUCUAUUGCUUUGAUCUAGAGAUUAGGUUGUGAUCACCCCGGUGUUCCGGGUUCGGACAGCAGAGGGGGCGUGGUGAGUGCGGUUUGUUCAUUACACUUUGGACCUGAAGACAGCAACAUCCUGUCCGCUUCGUUUCUUUCCUAUCCCCUUUUAAAGGUAAGGACACUAUUUGUAAAGUGGGGGCUGCACGGUGCGCUGUGUUUUCUAAGUUAUAAGGAGCACGCUGCUGGUAUUUGACCGGACAGGGGUUUUGCCAAAGGCGUUGACUCAUGGUUCGUCGGGUCGCGGUGGUCGGAGCAGGCAGUUCAGGUCUGGCCUGUAUCAAGAUCUGUGUGGAUGAGGGCCUGGAGCCUGUCUGCUUUGAAAGCAGUGAUGACAUUGGUGGCCUGUGGAGAUUUAAGGAGGCCCCUGAGCCGCAGCGAGCCAGCAUCUAUCGCUCAUUGGUGGUCAACACCUCAAAAGAGAUGAUGUGUUUCAGUGACUUUCCCAUGCCGGAGGACUAUCCAAACUACAUGCUCCACUCACAGCUCCUGCAGUACCUCGGCCUCUAUGCUGAGCACUUUCACUUGCUCAGAUACAUCAACUUUCAGACCACGGUGAGGCGUGUGACACAAAGACCAGAUUUCUCUCUGUCUGGUCAGUGGGACGUAGUGACCAUGAACAGGGAUGGAGAGGAAGAAAGGCUCGUCUUUGAUGCUGUCCUGGUGUGUUCAGGUCUUUACACUAAUCCAACGUUACCCCUGUCCGGCUUUCCAGGAUAUGAGACCUUUACUGGCAGGUGCUUUCACAGUUGGGAAUAUAAAGAUGCAGAGGCCUUGAGAGGAAAGAGGGUGGUGGUGGUUGGCAUGGGAAAUUCUGGAGGGGACAUUGCUGUGGACAUCAGUAGAUCUGCUGAGAAGACAUUUCUCAGCACACGAGAAGGGGCCUGGGUGGUUGGCAGGAUGUCUACCAGUGGUCUGCCUCUGGACAUGAUGAACAUCUCCAGACGCAUCAAUAUCCUCAAGCAGCUCGUCCCCCAGACCCUGAUCAACUGGGUAGCAGAGCGAGCAGUGAACCAGAAAUAUGACCACAGACUGUACGGCCUGAAGCCCAGACACAGAAUUUUGGACCGAGGGAUUUUGAUCAAUGAUGAUCUUCCUGGACAAAUCCUUCGAGGGGCGCUGGUCCUGAAGCCCAACUUGAAAGGGUUUGUGGAAACGGGAGUUGUGUUUGAAGAUGGCAUAGUGGAGGAGAACAUCGAUGCUGUGGUCUUCUGUACUGGAUAUAAUGGAACCUUUCCAUUCCUGCCUCCAGCUUUGUCUGAGGGGACUCAUGGAGAGUUGACAUUGUACAAGAGACUGUUCCCUCCUUCUCUCCAACACCCAACACUGGCCAUUAUGGCAUCUUUUCGUACAAGUGGACCAAUCAUGCCCACAGUAGAAAUGCAGGCACGGUGGGCUGUCAAGGUCUUUUCAGGUUCGAGUCAUCUUCCUUCUCAGGAGAAGAUGCUGGAAGUCAUUGAGUCUGAUAGACAGAUGUUCAUGAAAAGCCAGCCCUGCCCACUACAGGCUGCUCUCCAGGUGGAUUACGUCACAUACCUGGAUUUCAUGGCCAAGGAGGUAGGAGUUCAACCGAACCUUCUGGCACUACUCCUGAGAGACCCUGUGCUCUGGGCGAAGGUCGUCUUUGGUCCCUUCACUCCGUAUCAGUUUCGUCUCACUGGACCUGGACAAUGGGCCGGAGCCCGACACGCUAUCCUCACUCAGUGGAAGCGGGUUGCUCAGCCUUUCAAAACCCGAGCUGUACCAGAACCAGAGCCUGGGAAAUCUGUCUUUUCCCUCCCUAGGCUGCUCACAUUGGGAGGAGGUGUGAUGAUUGCUGUACUUCUGUCUAAAAAUCUUCCAGCGCUGCAAGGUGCAGCUAGGUUUCUUGAGAGGAUUAAGAUCUUUUUGAGGGACAUCUGGUAUACUGGUUAAACCAGAAGAACAUGACGCUUCUCAUGCUACAGGCGGCUCUGUGCACAGCCACUUAUCUAUCUGCUGGAUUCAAGUGCCUCUUGAAUGGUCCAAUUUCCCAAGUAGGGAAGUAAUUCAUCCAACUUUUUUGGUUCAUGUGCUAUAAUUCCGGUUGUUGAAAUGACUAGGUCUCACUUUGAAGCUGUGGAUCAUUUGAUUACCAUAAAGUCACUGCUAAUUCCAUGACCAAAUCUUAAAUACAUUAUAUGUUGACCUACUUUCAGCCAGGAUAAACUCUGCUGGGAAACAGGUCUUAAAUACGUGAGACAAAUUAAUGUGUCACACACAUUCAAUACCUUGAUAACACAAAUCACCACACACUGAAGCUAUUGUCCUCUUACCAGACUUGAGGUGUGCACCUGUCUCACUCAACCUCCAUGAUACAAAACAACACAGCCAGCCUUACUCCUGCAGGUAAAACUUUACCUGCAACUCCCCUUUUGUACCUGGUGCUACUUUUCACAAGUGCUCAAGGUAUUACUUACUCCUCGCCUUGAAUACCCUCACGAUCAAGUUCUACCUGUUCAUGUUCCAGAUGGCACGACAAGCCUUACUGUUUUAAUUCUGUUCAUGAAGUUCAGUCUCCCCCUGCCGUUUAACUGUACUAUCUGAUUCAUUGAUUACCAGGAAGUCUCAAACAUAAAUACAUAAACUACGUAUAUAAAAACUAUUAAGUUUGCCCGAAUAUUGUCAAUUUUGUUAUUAAUUAUUCCUGAGAUGUAAGAUUUAUGGGGACUCCUUUUUUCCUAAUCACAGAUUUACAGAGCCUUACACAAGUUUGUUUUAUUCGUUAUAUUUCUGCUAUUGUGUUUGAUUUGAAUUUAGACAAUUAUGUGUUAAUGUAACUGUUAAGUGUUUUUAUUGCAGUUGACUCACUGUACUGAAUCAAAGAUAUUUGCCAACAAACUUGUGAUAGAAUAAAAUGCACUUGCCUUGAAUGAAAUAUGCAUUCAAAAAUUUAAUUAACAGUGAUCAGUUCCAAAUUUGUUCUACCGAGCACCAAAUGCACUUGGUCUGUACGUAGUUUAUCAUGAAAUGGAGAUGCACACGCAAAGUGGAGUUACAUCAAUCAAUCAAUCUCUAAAAUGCUUUACAGAGUCAAUAAAAAACAAACCCAUGCGAUCCAUAGACUCCCAUCCAUGCUUCCAGAACAAGACAAAUAUUGGGAGGAAGUCAGCAGUCAUCAAUACUAUACAUUUGAAAAUAGAAAACACCUAGAGCAUGAAAAGAAAGAUAAAUACAAAAUAAAAUACUAAUAUUAAUCCGGGAAAUAUAAUGCUCGAAUUCUAACAGAGAUGUGAAAGAAUAAAUGUAAAAUACAGACAAAAGGAUAAAAUACUAACAGAGGAGUAAAUAAAACCAGAGAUAGAAAAAAGUCUAAUAGUAAAGUUAAAAAACAAAGUAGAGAAAGUAGGUAAAUAAGUAAAUAAUUAAAUUUAUCUGCAAAUGGAUUUAUCUGCAAAACAAUCUAAGGUGUAUGAAUAUAUCAAAGAUAAAAUAAUAAAGAAAUAAAAAGCCUGAUUAAAUCCACAUUCUCUCGUGCAGACCCCCGGUCUUCAGGGAGGCUGGACCAGUGACCACAGUAAUACAAAUAUGAUAUGCUCUUAGAUGCCCUUAGACCAGUAAGGUACACAACAUAAAUAUCCUAAAGCUCUAGAACAUCUGCUUACGUUGAUGGUCUUCAUGGAAUCUUUUCUUAGAUUGUUCUCUCAACUUAGAUUCAUCUUUUCUUUAUCUUCUUGAAGAAGCCCAACCUUCUUGAUAUAGUUGCACUUUGUCCUGUUUUGCCAUCAUCGUAAUCUUAAGCAUAAAUAAUUCCCCACUUUAACCACUGCAGUGAUAUUUUAACCGCCGUGUCACACUUCAGUUUGUCAAGUUAGGUCAGAGUUGAUCAUUAUCCUGGAUUACAAAAGAAAGACACACUCUGGUUUGUUUUGUUAUGGUUUGAUCGAUCACAGUCGUGUUGGGUGGGACUUGUUUUGCAUCAACAGUACUAUGUGUAAUGUUUAAUUAUUCAGUCCAAAUUUUGUCAUUUUCAGCGUGAACUCUGUCUGGUUGCUCUCGUUUUUCCCAACAUGGCAAAGGGGAUUGAAACAAGUUGGGUCCAGCUGCAGCCGCAGCACAACCGAGAAGGAAGUUGAACCUCCAAUUUUAGUUCAUGACCUGGGUUGAGUCCAUAGAUUAUAUAAAAAGUUUAUGCAUGGCUUCUUCUUCUUCUUAUCCUCCUAUAGAGAAAACUUAUAGAAAAGCAUUUAUAUCUAAAAACAUGGUUUAAAACUAAAUUUCGAGAACAAUAGAAUAUUUAAUACAAGUAUAAAAGGGUAGAAGAGGUCAAAUGAUUAAGAGAAAAAUUAAAUAUUAGAAUAAAAAUCAUAUUCAAUAAAUAAAAAUAAGACAUUGUAAAAAAAAAAAAUUUGAGUAGGAGAGGUCAUUUAAAUAAAAGACAGAAAUCUGUAUCAAAGUUGAAAGGGAAAAACUGUGAGAAACAGCUGACUGCCCAUUACUCGGACAAGCUUUUAAAUGAGGAAGUGUAGCAAAAGCUGGAGGACAACAAGUUCAUACUGAAGAGUCAACAGUUUUUUAAAAGACUUUGACCCCCCUCGUUUUCUAUGUUUCUCCACCUCUUGGCUUUUCAUUUCUACAGAGUCCUACACUGUGAACUGAUCAGCUAAUGUAUGAUCCAAUGUGUAACAUAUAUAUGUGUUUUUCUAAAUCUUAAGUGUCAGUCCACAGUCUGGGUUUGGAUCUCUGUGACUUCCAGACCCUGUUAACAUGUUGCUCAAUUUAACAGAUAAUGCAUCAUUGAUUUCAUGUUUAUUUCCGAGUGGUAGCCGACUGUUCUUUCUAAUUGAACCCUAAUUCUACAAGAGGCUGAGAGCCGAGAGGCUAACGGUUAUCUUCUGCAUCGGAAAGUCAUCUUCAAAAGGGAACCCACUUUCUUUAAUGUUGCUGGAGCAGGAGCUCAGAUUUCAAUUCAGCAUGAUUCCUGUCUGAUGUCUGAUGAUAUGUCACAAAAUUUGCAAUAAAUAUGUUUACAAAAAUGUUUCAUAUUUGCCAUUUAACGUUGGGUUAUUAGAGUUCUCUUUUUCAUACUAAAAUAUUUUGGGUUGUGCUUUAUGCUGUAUCGCUUUUCCUUGUGAUAUAAAAUCUACUUGAUAAGA